AUGCCGUCCGAAACUGCACCCGCCAGAGAAUAUGGCUUCAACCCCAACCAAGGAGUGAACUGGUCCGACUACCUCACCUUCCGCCCAAUCUACCCACCCUCCUUCUUCGAAAAAGCCUUCACCUACCACUCCUCAAAGCCCCACUCCACCUGGUCCGUCGCCCAAGAUAUCGGUGCCGGCUGCGGAAUUGUCUCAUCAAGUCUAGCUCCCCGCUUCAACGAAGUGAUCGUCUCAGACCCGAAUGACGGGUACACCACACUCGCUCGCAGAGUCCUAGUCGAGGAAUCCCGUCUGCCUGAAUCCAGGUUCCGGUUUCUGCAGGAAAGUGCCGAAAGGAGCUCCGUGCAGUCGGGCUCAGUCGAUUUUGUCAUGGCGUGCGAGUGUAUCCACUGGACGAGGCCGAAUAUUGCUAUUGCGGAGUUUGCGCGUGAGUUACGCGCAGGUGGAACGCUUGUUAUUACACAUUAUAAUUAUCCGCGCAUUGUUGGGAAUGAGAGGGCUCAGAGGGCUUGGGAGGCUGUUUGUUCAUUUUAUGCGGGUGAGGUUCAUGAUCCGAUGCUUGAUCAUGCGUUGAGGAUUUUGAAUUCUGGGACUGAGGCUCUAGGGUUCCCGGUGGAGGACUGGGAGGGUGUGAAGAGGUUGUAUAUUAAUGCUCAGGGGAGUAUCGAGGCUUUUAGGAUUAAUGAUCGAAUUGGGGAGAGUCAGGUUAGGGAUGGGGAGGAGAUUGUUUGGGAGGAAGAUGAUGCGGAUUGGAUGGAUGAGCAGGACUGUGACUGGUUUAGGGGUUAUUCCUCUACCUGGACCACUCCGAGUGUAUCAGAGUCGGAAAUUGAUCCGCUUUGGGAUGAGAUGGAGAGGGCCUUUGAGGGGAAGAAAGUGAAGACUGCUACACCGCUUGCUAUGGUCUUUGCUACGAAGAGACAUAACUGA